UUUUAAUUUAGGCCGCGAGAACAGUGCAUCUGAGGGAAGACUAUUAUGAGUAACCUGCCCAGGAAUUCCCACCAUUUUACACUGUAAUCAGUGACGCUAUUGCAAAACUGGUAGUGGGGGCGCAGUGGUAGCUGCAGCAGGCGGAGACCGAAGGGAAUAAAGUAGUAAGAGAGGAGAGGAGGGAGCGAGGAGAGGUGAGAGAGGAAGGAUCAUCUGCCGUCCUUGAGGUGGAUAUCAUCACUAUGGCCUUCACUGCUGCCUCCAAAAUUAUCACCACAAUAUUACCUUCACCACGCAUCAUACACCGACUCUACAGCACUCACUGCAAGGCAGGUGUGGUAGUUGGCAUUUACAAUAACAAGAGUGGUGAGGAGGUUUUAACUGAAGCUGCUGCUAGCAUCAACACACAGUCUUCAGGAAACAUCACACGUCUUUUGCAAUACUGGUUGCCGGUCACUGGGAGAUACAGACAUCUCGAAGAUAUUAGUUGACCCUUGUGGUGAUGAUGAAGCAGCAGCUGAAGGAGCUCACCUCGCUACAUUCAAGUACCAGGAACUCAAGAGUAAUAAAAAAGCAGUUCCCACAGUCCAUUGUUUCACGGGUGACAAUGAAAGGUGGACUCACGGAUCAACUUUAGCGGAAGGACAGAAUAUUGCCCGAAGACUUAUGGAAACACCAGCUAAUAUUCUCACACCAACAAAUUUUGCACAAGAAGCAGUUAAUUACCUGGAGAGCUUAGGGGUAGAGGUGCUCACAAGAAGCUAUGAGUGGGCUAAAGCAAGGAAUAUGAAUGCUUUUUUAUCUGUGUCUCGAGGAUCUGCUGAGCCUCCCGUGUUCCUUGAGCUCAUUUAUCGUGGCAGUGACCUCAGUGAUGACAAACCUCUGGCUCUUGUUGGCAAAGGUGUUACUUUUGAUACAGGAGGCAUCUCUAUCAAACCAUCAGCAAAUAUGGACAAAAUGAGGGCUGAUAUGGGCGGAGCUGCGUGUACUUUGGGGUCUAUUUAUAUAGCGGCUGCAUUACAACUUCCUAUCAACAUUAAAGGUUUUAUCCCACUGUGUGAGAAUAUGCCAGGGAGCAGAGCUACAAAACCUGGCGAUGUUGUGGUAGCAUCUAAUGGAAAGUCUAUCCAAGUUGACAACACAGAUGCAGAGGGAAGAUUAAUACUGGCUGAUGCUCUUCAUUAUGCCUCACAGCACAAACCCAGGGCAAUUGUCAACAUGGCUACUCUUACAGGUGCAAUGGCUGUGGCAUUAGGGAGUGGAGCAGUCGGAGUGUUCAGCAAUAGCUCUGCUUUAUGGGAGUUGAUGCAUAAAGCUGGAACCAUAUCUGGUGAUCGUGUCUGGAGAUUACCAUUAUGGAAACACUACUCAAGUCAAGUUACAGACUUUGGUAUGGCUGAUGUGCAUAAUUUGGGCAAGCACUCUCGAGAUGGUGGUUCAUGCACUGCAGCAGCAUUUCUUAAGGAAUUUGUUACAUGUGAUCAUUGGAUGCACAUGGAUAUUGCCGGUGUGAUGGAGAACAAGGAUGAAGUACCUUACCUGGGUAAAGGCAUGAGUGGCCGCCCAACUAGAACUGUCGCACACUUUGCAAAGCUUUUGGCUUCGGUUAAUACUGUGUUAUGAACAUUUAAUACUAAUUUACUCUUUGUGUUCAUUAUCGAAAUACAGUUGUAUAAUUAAAGUUUUUUUAUCAGAUGUAUAAGAAAUAUUUCUUAAUGCUGUAUCCAGAAAUGAUGUUUAAUUUUAGAAAAUACAGUACAGUACUGUACUACACUGAAAAAAGCACAAUGUAUAUCUAUAUAUACAAGUUUUUCCAUAUAUUGUACAGUAGUUUAAACUGGGUAGAUAGAAAAUAAAUGCAGUACAGUAAAUAUUUUUAAGAACAAGCUUAAAUUUCAUUAUGUUAUAAUUUACACACCAAUAAACAUAAUAAAUAAAUA